AUGAUUACCCUGCACUCGCCGAGGGUCUUCUUAUGCUUAGGGUGGAUCCCCUUGUCCGAAGUUGAUAAACUCGAGAGAGCAAUUAGGGAGCAGCGCAAACACGUUCCAAGCCUCGGGGUCCUACGGCCGCACAUCGAGCAAGCGGCGUCCGAGGCGGCCCGGUCCUCGCUCACGAGCUUCACUGAGAAUUUUAUUAAAAGUUUGGCACUGCAAGUGGUGCAAGUCGUGAAGUCGGACGGAAGCGGCGGGGCAAAACAUAAGGCUAACAAGGCACCUCAGCAGACGCAGCGAUCGCCCGACCCCAGUGCGGGCUCGGGUUCCUCUUGGUGGUGGAAUUACCCUCCAGCGGGAGGCUAUCGUGGUGGCCCCUCCCCGCGCGGCGUUUCCCAGAACAUCCUCCCCGUGCCUACCUUCGGGCACUACAACCAGCAGCUAAAUGCCGCGGCGAAAACUAAAGGCAAGUUUGGAUCCAAAGACAGCGGGGCUAACCCUAGUGCGAAAGGAUAG